AUGGAGUCCAAGAAGAUAUUCCACGCACUUAUUGUUGGGGGUGGUACUUGUGGAUUGGCAAUCGCACAUGGCUUGCAAAAGGAAGGCAUACCAUAUACGAUUUUCGAGCGAGACUCGGAGGAAGACUACUGGAAUAAGACUCGGGACUGGGGCAUGUUAUUGCACUGGGGAAAGGACUUCUUGAUGAGAACUCUGCCCGAGGAUUUGCAAAUCAGAUUUGGGGAAACGCUUGUAGAUCCAAGAUAUAAUGGGGCAGAAGAUGUCCCCAUUCCUCAUAUUAAUGGGCAAACUGGAGAGGUAAUGGCGCGAAUAGCAAUGCCAGCACUGGUUCGAGUUUCGAGGAAGAAGCUCCGGAAUUGGUUGACAUCGAAGAGAGAUCUCAAUAUAAUGGCCAGUCCUUCCAUCAUCGACUUCUCGACUGGGUCUGAGGUCACAGCGACAUUUGAAGAUGGCUCGACCGAGAGGGGCCAUCUCCUCGUCGGUUGUGACGGCUCGCGAUCGAAAGUCCGAGAUUAUCUGGUGGGAUCAGAAGCGACAAAACCAUUCGAUACUGGGAUGACGAUUAUCAACCAUGCUUUCACUGGGUACACAGCUGAACAAGCUCUUCUCAUGCGAAAGUACCAUCCUGUGGCAACUUGUUUCUACGAUCCGAAUGUUGAUGGCAUAUUUCUGCUGACAGUUCUCGAUGCAUCCAAUGAGGAGAAGCCAGAGACCUGGAGCUUUCAGAUUCAUCAUGCCUGGUGGGGAGCACCCAGUGUCAAGGAUCUGGUUGACCCAAAGGUUCGCCUGCAGUUUUUCAAGGAACGCAGUUCCCGCAUUUGCGAGCCAUUUGCGACUGCCGCGGCCGCCCUUCCUGAAGACACUGUGAUACCAGCCGACCCUGGACAGCAAUGGUCACCAAUUUCCUGGGAUAACCGUGAUGGGACUGUUACAAUCGCAGGGGAUGCUGCUCACUCUAUGCUUCCUAAUCGUGGCCAAGGCCUAAACAAUGCCAUGCAAGAUGCUGCAGAGGUUGUCGACGCUGUCAAAUCGGCCGUUUCAGGAGCAGCCACUUUGAAGGAUGCCAUAUCUACGUACGAAGAUGGCAUGCGCCCGCGCGGAGCCAAAGACGUCGCGCUUUCUUUGGAGACAGCGAAAAAGCUCCUUGUAUCAGACUUAAAGGAGAGUCCUAUGUUCAAAGUAGGCCUCCAAAAGAUGGACGGCCAGACAGUAAUUGAAGUGCCAAACGCAGUGCAGGUGGUGGAGUGA